AGCCCCAUAGCUGGCAGAGAGAGGACGGCAGAUCUUACACUACUACAAACAGUGAGAAAAACCCAGCAGAAAAUUUUGGACCUGUACCUUCAUCCAUGAUGCUGUAGCUGUGGUAGCCGUGGUAACAUGUGAAUCCUGCGGCGUUUCAUCAGCAUUUACAUCUCUAAAGGUGUUGUUUCCAGGUACGGGGGGUAACCAUGGAAAGGCUGGUACUGUGUGUAAUGCUGGCCGUCGCUAUGGCUGUGCGGGCACAGAUAUGCCCAAAACGCUGCGUAUGUCAAAUACUGUCACCCAACCUGGCAACCCUCUGUGCCAAGAAAGGUCUACUAUUUGUCCCACCCAACAUUGACAGACAUACAGUGGAGCUACGACUGGCUGACAAUUUUGUCACAAGUGUGAAAAGAAAAGAUUUUGCAAACAUGACACGUUUGGUGGACCUGACAUUAUCCAGAAACACCAUCUCCUACAUCACACCUCAUGCCUUUGCUGAUCUGGAAAACCUCAGAGCCCUGCACCUCAACAGCAACCGACUGACGAGGAUAGGCAAUGAUACAUUCAGUGGGAUGUCCAAGCUUCAUCACCUGAUUCUGAACAACAACCAACUGGUCAUGAUUCACCAGGGAGCAUUCAAUGACCUGCUGGCACUAGAAGAAUUGGAUCUUAGUUACAAUAACCUCGACACUAUUCCAUGGGAGGCCAUCCAGCGAAUGACAAGCCUCCACACGCUGAGUUUAGACCACAACAUGUUGGAAUACAUUCCAGAGGGAACCUUUUCCCUUUUACAGAAACUAAACCGGCUGGAUGUCACCUCUAAUAAACUCCAAAAGCUACCACCUGACCCACUUUUUCAACGAGCACAGGUUCUAGCAACGUCAGGGAUGCACCUCUCUUCUUUUGCACUGUCAUUCGGUGGCAACCCUCUCCACUGCAACUGUGAGUUACUUUGGCUGCGAAGGCUGAGCAGGGAGGAUGACCUGGAGACGUGUGCCACACCCCAGCACCUGUCUGGCCGAUACUUUUGGUCUAUCCCUGAAGAGGAGUUUCUCUGCGAGCCUCCACUCAUCACCAGAUACUCUCACGAGAUGAGGGUCCUUGAAGGCCAGAGAGUUGCUCUCAGGUGUAAGGCAAGAGGUGACCCAGAGCCAGCCAUUCACUGGAUCUCUCCUGAGGGUAAACUGGUCUCUAAUUCCUCCAGAACACUUGUCUACGCUAACGGGACUCUGGACAUUGUCAUCAGUAAGGUGCAAGACACUGGCUCGUUCACCUGUAUCUCCUCCAACCCCGCCGGCGAGGCUCACCAAACAGUGGAUUUGGUUAUUAUCAAACUCCCGCACAUUUCCAACAACACAAACAACAUCCAGGAGUCUGACACGCGAUCGUCGGACAUUUCCACGUCAACCCGAGGCGGCGCCAACGGGAGCAACGUGACUGGUGAUGUGAAGAGUGGUGUGGAUAAGAGGGUGGUGACAGCUGAGGCCACGUCAUCAACUGCACUGAUCAAGUUCAACUUCCAGAGGAAUAUACCAGGAAUUCGGAUGUUCCAGAUACAGUAUAACGGAAGCCAGGAUGACUCACUGGUUUACAGAAUGAUCCCUCCAUCAAGCAAGAACUUCCUAGUCAACAACCUGGCAGCAGGCACCCAGUACGACCUCUGUGUCCUGGCCAUCUACGAUGACGUUAUCACCUCUCUGACAGCAACGCGAGUGGUCGGCUGCGUGCAGUUCACCACCGAGUCAGAGUACAUGAGAUGUCAUUUUAUGCAGUCUCAGUUCCUGGGUGGGACCAUGAUCAUUAUCAUCGGAGGGAUAAUAGUGGCCUCGGUUCUAGUUUUUAUUAUCAUCCUGAUGAUACGGUAUAAGGUGUGCAACCCUAGUGAGGGUGGCAAAGGCAUUUCAAUGUCAAUGACCAACGUUCACUCACAGACCAAUGGGCAGCAAUCUCAGGGUUGCACCGUGACUCCAAGCUCCUCUAAACACGGCUCAAUCGGAUUAGACGACCUCCCAGGAGGCACAAAGAGGAGUGGUGCUGCAGCAGCGGGAGGUGGGAGAAAGGAUACAAUAGCUCAGGCCUCUGAGUCUUCCCUGCCUGACUGCUCCACAGCCACAUCAGUUCUCAGCCAGGCUUGGUCGGCCAGAAGCCCAACAGCUGGAGCCGAGGAACGAGAGAAAACAGUUGAAGAGAGAGCUCAAGCCGGCAUUGCAUCACCCACCGCCACCACAGGCUCCCUACACAAGCCAAAGCGAAAGCCCGCCCCAACUAAGCCUGGCUCUGCUUGCUCCAGUGGCCAGGGGAUGAUCGAGAACCUCCCAACUGCCUCCUCGACACGACCACCUUCCUCCACUUCCACCGCCUCCUCCGCCCUCCUUCAUUCCUCAUCCCCCGGUGCCCUGGAGAACCUCAACACCAACCGAAAUAACUCCACCGCUCUCUCUCAGACCCCACCACCUCCCUUUGCCUCUUCCCCUUUCUUCAGCCCCAUCGCCACACCGAGCCCAGUCCCAUCUGUGCGAUUCAGAGAGACGCCCAUCCUGCGCCGGGCUCCUCGCACCGCCGCCUCUUCUGCCAGAUAUCAGACUCUUCCUGUGGAGGAGGGAGGAAGGAGCAGAGCUAGGAGGAGGUACUCACUCAGUGAAGGAGGCUCAAAAACUCACUCUGCCCACCAGGGAGGAGGAGGAGGAGGAGCACCCAAAAUAGGGCGCGUAAUACGGAACAAAAGGAGCCAAUCAAUGAGCGGUAUGCUACUCCCAAAAGAUGGGGAUGAAGAGUCGGACAAAGGGCGGUGUGAAUCUGACUGGAUCUUAGAAAGCACAGUUUGAACUGGAAUGAGCCAGCGACCAUAAAAUGAACUUUGGUUUAUUCAUUGUUUGUCCUUUGUGUGAGUGGAUGCGUGCAGUGUGAAUCAAAGUUUUGUUUAUAGGCGUAUGUGUGAAAAGCCUGCUUGUGUCACGAAAAACUUUGCGCGUUGUUACUGUGUGUUUUCCUGUUUGAAUUUUCUUUCUAAACGUGUGAGAGGUUGACUGUGUUUCUGGUAAACGUGUGUGUGUGUGUGUGUGUGUGCGCGCUUUUUUUAAAAUAAUCAGUCUUUUCAUAACUUUUCUCCACAGUUAUUUGUACUUGAUUUACAGUUUACAGUUUUGUUUUUUGCUUUUGUUUCCACUUCAACAGUAUCCAUUUUGCAGUCAAUCAUUCAGCGAGUAGAUAACUUGCCUUGUCUCGUAGCGUCCUCGAGUUGUCUCGUUGGUUCCACUUUAUAGCACAAAAGAAAAACAAGACAAUGGACUCGCCACGUCAUUUCCCGAUUCACUAUCACCUUAUCUGAAAAAUACCACAAAAAGGGAAUUAAUACAGGAAAUAAGAGGAAUAAAAAAACGGGAAAAGCACACCAUUCUUAAUGUUCACACGCUCACAGAGAUGUGCAUCCAUAAUGUGGCAAGAGAAUAGCAGUCGGUGCCUUCUUUUGCACUAACAGACCCUCACUAACAGAUACUUUAACCGGAUUUAGGACUCCACCAUGGCUCCACGAAUGAGGGGACGGAUUAAGGAAGAGAGAUUUCACACAUAGCCUUUCUUACCUACUGCGGAGUACAGACCUUUUCUGGACAUAUAAAGACAAAAUGUUACAGACAGAUGAAGACUUUAAUGAACCUCUUAUGAAAUUGAUAUUUUUUAAAGCGAAGUAUUAAAAAAAAAAAAAGCAAAGAAAAAAGCAACGUGAGAACCUUGUGAGCUUUUCACUGACACUGGUAUAAUACAGCCUGUGUUGGUCACAAGCUCACGGAAAGCUUCUGUACAGAAAAAGACAACAUGUACUGUUGUUAUGUUGUGUAAAAUAAAAAA